AUGAACUGGCCGCCGAUCGAGCGACAGCCCAGGAAAAUAUGCCGAGGCCACUUUGAGUUCUAUGCGCUGGAUCGUCUCCCCGAGACUUAUUACUUCGCCCAGGACAAGAUCGAGUCACACACCCUGCACUUCCUCCGGGAAGGCAGCACCGAAUUAGAUGGUCGUCGAGUCUUAAUUGUAGUUCACCCGGCCAUUGCGCACAGAUGGAUCAACGAGCCUGAUACCGUCGGACACGAAAUCAGCUGCAAGGGUUAUGCGGUGCUUGAGAAUCCGGAGAGCCUACAGGACCAGGAAUCUAUGGAAAAGGAGUUGUGA